AACACAUGUACAGUAUUCACAAUAUUCAUUCAUGUAAAGAGUUGAGCAACUGUUUCAGCAUGUUCCGAUUGCGAGUUCGCGACAUUGCCCAUCCUGGAAUCAGGCAGUUCAUCCUACGCACCGCAGUCCUUAACUAUUUGGGCAAGUGCCUGCAAUUACAGUGGGACGAUUGGCAGAAUCAGCGGAUGCAUUUGCGAACGCUGCAACAUGAGGGCGCCAAGAUCUCAGAUGAGACUGAGCCUACAGAUGCCGUUCAUGUGAAUGCAGCGACAGAAGCGGCCCGGUUAGCUCUCACCGUGGCAAUUGAGGAGCUGCGAGGGAAGGUGCAAUCUACACACAAGCUACUGCAGCGCGAGUACAAUGAACUGUUCACAUAUAUGAUGGACAAGCGAGAUCUGUGGGAUAGCCCGGAGUACUUUAAGGCUAAGACGGCACUGGGGGCGGCCAAUCACCAUCUGAGAAUGUACAUGACCGCAGAGAAGUGAACAAAGAGCAGUUGUCAACAAAUUAACCAUUCCAUUUCCGUUCUACUCGUAUAAACAAAUUCUUGGCCCUCGACUUAGCAAAGUAACAUAAAUAUUUGCAUAAAUUA